GUCGGGUCGAGUCAACAAAUUACAGGAAAUCGAAAACGCUAUUUAUUUAUUUCCAUAUAUAAAAAAAAUACACAUUCUGUCGUCUACCGUUUCAACGAGGAAUCUCAGUAUUGCUAAAGUAAGAAAGACUUCAUCGAUCAAUAUGAAUUGAGCGAUGGCACCUGCAAAGGACAAAUGGAUCAGGCGUUUUAUAAUUACCGAAACGAGACGGCACAAGAAGGGCUUUACAAUUUACAAAGUUAUUUCUAUGGUAUUUCUGAAAUCCUCUCACGAAGAGGUGUCGAAGGUAUCCGUAUGGAAGCGUUACAAUGAUUUUAAAAAGCUGCACUCGGAACUUAGUCACUUACACAAGCGUUUGGGAACAAAGGAGACGUUCCCAACUUUCCCCAAGUCGAAAUACUUUGGCAGAUUUGAGGCUGAAGUUUUGGAGGAGAGGAAGAGAUACGCUCUUAAAUUUUUGGAAUUUGUAGGACGAUACUCGUACUUAUAUUCGAGCGAUAUCUUUAUAACGUUCUUCGAAACUAGUCACGUAGAUAAUUAUACUAAUGAUUGCGCACAUUCCCUGAAUUCCGAUACGUCCGAAGACGAUCGUAUUGCUGCUUUCGGCGAUUCUGCGCUUGUAAAUGAUAAUACAGUGCAAAGCACCCUUCCGGCUCCAUUGAAAGCGUCUCGCAAUGUAUCGACAAAUCCAUGUUCCACUUUGUCAAGCGUCAAUCGUACGAACAAGAACGAAUUGACGGUGUAUCGGAGAAAGAAUGAAUCUCAUGGCAGUAUUAAUCUACAGAAUGCCAACGUUAGUAGAGAGGAACAAAACUGUAAAACGGCAAAAUUGCAAACGCAAGAUGCUAUCGUUAAACAUUAUGACGCGCAUCAAAAUAAAAAUUUAGAUAAAAGCGAUGCGGCGACGCUCGGCGAUGCGUCAGGAUUUGAUUGUCUGAACAACAAUAUCAGUAAACUUAUUUCAAAUUACGAUACACACCCUGUAAUAUUACAUAAGGAAGCAAAUGUUUCCCAGGCGCGGACAGAUUCUACGCAAUAUCUUUUGAUAGCUGCCGCUCAUAUAAGUGCAGCCUUCACGCAUGAAUCCAUAGCGGAAUACAAGGAAGCUUUCGCACAGUACAAAUUGGGAAUAUCGUGUCUGAUAAACGGUGUGCAGUUUGACACAGACAGCACAAGAGUACCAAGCAUAAAGGAUAAAAUAUCAAAAUACUUGGCUAGAGCUGAACAAUUAUAUAACAAGCAUUUAAAUUGUAACAUUUCAGUAAUACACAAACCGAUAUCAGAGCUUCAAUAUUAUAAAGUGCUUAAAAUAAUGAAAUCCGUGAUGCUUGUAAUGGAUAUACGUUCAAAUUGUAACAGAAUAAUCAAGACUGUAGAAAAAUCUUGUAUUUAUGAAGACAACAUAAGCAAUUAUGUGUUACGCAACCAAGUACCUUACAUGGUAUAUUUAUGCGCGUGUAUUGAAACUGAGACUUCUGUAUUUUUAGUCCUCCAAUAUGCAAGUAGUGGAAAACUGUGGGACUUUGUAAGACUACAUUACAAAGUAUCUGACAAUUCGUGUAAUGUAAUUUCAAAUCACACGUAUAAUAGAGAUAUCAGUGGACAGGCCAAUAGCAAUGAAAAUAUUCGUGGACCAAAUAAGGCAGAUGAAGUUACGGAAAACAAAGUACAGGAAGAUCAUCAAUACGCGACGGAUAUUCAAAGUGAUAACUAUAUAAAAAUGCCUACUAUACAAUUGUUAGAAAAGUCGCAAGAAUUAUUACAAUCUGUUAACGCAACAUUGAGGAAAAGCAACUCUAUCGCAAAUCGAUUAAAUGAAUAUAAAGAAUUGAGACAUUCAGAAAGUAUACCAUCGCUGAAUACAAAAACUGUCACACAGUUCUAUAAGGAGACAGAUCUUACAUUAUCUAAUACUCAUCGCAACAAGUCACCAAAUCUUAAUAAUAUGAAGAUAGAUGACAUCAUUGUUGCAGAAAAGUCUUCGAAAAACAGUUUUGUAGAGAACAAAGAUCCGAAAGGCGAUAAUUCUUCAUUAAUGAACAGCAACCAAGAUCCAAAUAUGUCGAGAAACAUUUGUGGAUCUAUAUUAAAUGGAAGUAUGGCUCGCGAUUCACUAAAAAAUAAUAAAAUAGAUAAUUUAUUGCGUAACAACUCUACUUCGAGGAUUAUUUCAAUGCAGAACGCGUCGACCAAUAAUACAAUACACAUCUGUGAAAAUAAUAAUACUGAAAGCAUAUCCAAUCACAUAAAUUCAUCAAACAUUAAUUUUAGCCCUAAUGAAACGCAAUAUUCGCAUUUGUGUAAAGAGAAUAAUGUAGAUGAAGAGCAGGAGUUUUGGCGAGUGCCGGAAAGUGUAAUUCGAUCAUGGGCAGCGGAAAUUCUUUUAGCUUUAGAAGCACUUCAUCAACAGAAUAUCCUGAUUCUCGAUUUCAAACCCGAUGAUAUUCUUCUCGACGACGCAGGACAUAUCCGGCUUACUUAUACCAUACCGCGACACAAUGUUGAAUUGUCUAAACUAAUAUAUCCAUAUUCGUCACCCGAGUCAGUAAUGUUUUCUCCGACUAUUCCCGUUACGUCCGCCACAGAUGUUUGGAGUUUCGGAGUUAUUUUGUACGAGCUACUUACCGGCACCAUGUUUAGCAGGAAACAUCCAGGAUCGUUUCAUUCACAUUCCACAAUUAACAUUCCUAGCAGCUUAUCGGAAAGUGCAAGAUCUUUACUAGGCGGCAUGCUGAAAUAUCAUCCAGAAGAACGACUAACAGUAAAUGAAAUAAAGCGUCAUUCAUUUUUUGCAAGAACUGAUUGGUUGAACAUGAUUAAUUCGCAAACUUAAUGCUAACAUUAUUAAGAAAUUAAUCAAUUUUACAUUUGUUGUAAUAGUUAUAGCAUAAAUAUUUAUUAUUAUAUAAUGAAG